AUGCUUUCUCGUCCAUUACCCCAAGGUCAACGACUUGAUCUUAUAAGCUUCCUAGCUCAAGACUCAUUGCCAGCUUCGAUUUCUCAAAUUGCUUCCGAAAUCCAAUUCUUGAGAGAGUGUCCUCAAGUAACUACUAACAAGAAAAAGGCCAAGAUGGUUCGUCCUGCGAUGGAAUCAGACAAUUCGGGUGAAUCCGCAGUGAUCAGCUCCUUCGGUAUUCCAUUAUCAACCACUUCCAAUCGCAAUGGUCGCGUCAAUCGCUGGGGAAGUAGAGUCAACGAUGCGGAUGAACAGUAUCCUGGAUGGAGAAAAUCGAUUGCCACUAUGUUAUCUCUCUACCUGCUUACGCUGAUUGUAGCUCUUGAUCGAACAAUUCUCAGUACUGCUAUCCCUGCUAUUACCAUUGAGUUUAACACACUUGAAGAUAUCGGAUGGUAUGCAUCUGCAUAUCUCUUGACAAGUUGUGCUACUCAAUUACCUUUUGGGAAAAUCUACAAGUUCUACAACUAUAAAUGGGUUCUCAUGAUCGCAGCUGUCUUUUUUGAGGCUGGCUCUGCUAUAUGUGGAUCCGCGUCAAACUCUAAGGUUUUUAUUGUUGGUAGAGCAAUUGCUGGCCUAGGUUCUUCGGGUAUCUUCAAUGGAGCUAUAUUAGUCCUGAAAGAAACCGUGCCACUUCAUCGUCGCCCUAUUUUCAUGAGUUUAUUAUGGUGUAUGUUCGCUGUUGCCACUGUAUGUGGACCUUUACUCGGAGGUUUACUCACCGAAAGAGUCACUUGGAGAUGGUGCUUUUAUAUCAACCUGCCAGUGGGCGGAGCCGCUGCAUUUAUUCUACUCUUCGUUUUGAAAGGAAAAUCCAGGAACAAUAUGGACACUUUUCUCCAAAAGCUUCGAAAAAUGGAUCCCAUCGGAACAUUCGUCUUCAUUACUGGUAUUGUUUGCGUACUUCUGGCAUUACAAUUGGGAGGCAAUCAAUACAGGUGGGGAGAUGCAAGAACCAUCCUCCUAUUCAUAUUGGGUGGCAUCUUACUGAUAUCCUUCGUCACGAUCCAAUUUACGACCGGAGAUGAUGCAACAGUACCGAUUCGAAUUCUCAAGCAACGAUCUGUUGCUUCGGUGGCGUGGUUUUCUUUCUUCAAUUCAUGUUCUUUCUAUCUUGUCGUCUACUACAUUCCAAUCUGGUUUCAAGCUGUCCAGGGUCUUGACGCAUUCGAUUCUGGUCUUCACACACUUCCAUUGGUCUUAGCUUUGGUCUUCGCCACCUUCUUCGCGGCAAUAUUCCAAAGAUCCAUUGGCUACUAUGUUCCAAUGAUAAUUGUAUCAUCAAUCAUCGCACCAGUCGGCGCAGGGCUUCUCACCACAUUACAAGUUAAUAGUGGACCAAAAGAAUGGAUGAGUUGGCCGGUUGUCUUUGGAUCCGGUCUUGGUUUGGGUAUACAACAGAUCAGUUUGGCAGUUCAAGCAUCUCUUCCAGAUGGUGAUAUACCAGUUGGUCUUGCACUUAUACCUUUCUUCCAAACUCUUGGCGAUACGAUUUUCGUCACUAUUGGUCAAGCUAUCUUCUCUCAUGAAUUGGUCAAGAAUCUCUCGGCUCUCAAUAUCCCUUCUCUUUCAACCUCACUUAUCUUACACACGGGUGCUACAGAACUUCGAGCUCUCAUUCCGGCACAAUAUCUUCCAGAGUUGUUAAUAGCAUAUAACGCGGCUAUCAUGAAAGUUUUUCUUGUGGCUAUUAUCACAAGUGCUCUUACGAUUCUCACCGGUCUAACUUUGGAAUGGAAGAAUAUUAACAAAGUCAAGAAACCGUUUGAAGUUACAAGACGAUCUAUCUAUCAAUAUCAUGGCGAAGGAGACUGUCCAUUCCCUUUGUAUGAUGCUAGCAAUUCUGAACAUGUACAACCUGGACUUGUUGAUACAGAGAGUCAGUCUGUCAUGGAAACAAAGCUUGGCAAUGAUCUUCAACAACAAUUGGAAACAAUUAGAGAGGAGAGAGAAAAGUCUAGUUCUGCUGAGACUAAUUCUCAUAUUAUCAACACUUCUAAGGAUAUGAAGACAAUUGUAGUUGGAAUUUCAGAGAAGACUGGGGAUGAAAAUUAG